AGCAUUCAAUUGAACGGGUGGUUGUUCCAGCUUCCGCUCAUACGGCGGAAAUUACGUCAUUUAUUUGUACCAUGUUUAUUAUUAGCGAUGUCUGCCUGUCGAUUAAAUAAAGUUAUCUUCAUGCAAAAACAAAUCAACCUAGAGAGCUAAAUAGACAAAAGUGUAAAUGGCGGACCCAGCAGUGGCCUCGGGAGGGGCACUGAAUACAAGCGGGCGCGGGAGUUCUGCUAAAGCUGCCCCCAGUCCCUCAGAGAACUACCACCUGGCUCGACGUCGCACCCUUCAAGUAGUGGUCAGUGCCCUGCUGACCGAGAAUGGCUUUGAGAGUGCAGAGAAGGCAGCAGUGGAGACGCUCACCGAGAUGAUGCAGAGCUACAUAACUGAAAUCGGUCGAUGUGCUAAAGCAUAUUGUGAGCACACAGCCAGGAGCGUUCCAACCCUGUCUGACACAGUGAUGACACUCAUUGAAAUGGGUUUCAAUGUCGACACUCUGCCUGUGUAUGCCAAACGAUCACAGAGGAUGGUAAUAACUGCCCCUCCAGUGACGAAUGCACCUAUGACGCCUAAAUCGCUAUCAGCAGGACAGAAACGGACACACCCCGCUCACAUUCCGGGCUACUUUCCCGAAUUCCCUGACCCUCACACCUACAUCAAAACACCUACAUUCAGAGAGCCUGUGUCGGAAUAUCAGGUGGUGCGGGAGAAGGCAGCUACCCAAAGGAGAGAUGUGGAGCGAGCCCUCACACGGUUCAUGGCCAAGACGGGAGAAACUCAGAGCCUCUUCAAAGACGACAUCACCGCCUUCCCAUUGAUCGCAGCAAGACCGAGCACCAUCCCAUAUCUGAGUGCCCUGCUGCCCUCAGAGCUGGAACUGCAGAGUCUGGAGGAGACGGAUUCUUCCGAGCAGGACGACCAGACCGACGCAGAGAACGCGGCCGGAAACAUCAACAACGAUGAUCCAGGUGCUGACAAAGAGAACUCCAUGCUUCCCCCAAGCGGUGCUGUUCCAUCCACCAAGGCCAACGAGGACAACAUGAUUGACAAUCCAUACCUCAGGCCGGUCAAGAAACCCAAAGUGAGGAGGAAGAAAUGAGUCAGGACCAACAUGGACUUUGAUAGGCCUCAGUGUUUGGUGAUUUCAGUAGUUCAGUCAGCCAUUCCCUCAACUGAGGAGCGGCCCAGCGUUGAACCUGCUACAAGAUCAGGAAUCAACAGCUGCUUUUUUGUGCCAUCUGAAAUCAGUGCUGUUGGUUUUGAUAUGUUUUUCAGCAAGAACUUUCUUUGUAUGUACUUUGAGUGUCACAGAGUCAUUUUGCAGGUAACCUCAAUGUGUAACAGAGACCACACAAAAUUCUGGUCAUUUUGUGAAUAAUGAAAGAAUGAAGGUUUUUGUUUUAUUCAUUAAGCAAACAACAUUUUUUUACAAGCUUUAUGUAACGUAACAUUCAAAUUUAAAAAAAAUGUGAUAAGAUGUUUUCAUGAUGAGUUUAAUCUUUCACUAGUAGUACAAACUCAGAUAGGCCAGUCGAUUCCUCCGUUUCUGGAACUCCCUUUCAUCGGUUAGCUUGGGAGAAAAAACAGAAAAAGAGCAUUUGUGUUUAUAUUUGAACGACAUAAAAAGGUCUGUGUAUUGCAAAACAAAGUUAUAAGCAGGUAAUUUUCUUGUUCAGAAACUGAAAUUUUGUGAAAUUCAGACAUAUUUCAGUUAUUUAUAAUUGCGUGAUCAAUUAUGGAAAUCUCAUAAGCCCCCGUUCCCAAUUUAAGGGUUAUUUAAUAGGACAACCUAAACUAGAAUGAGUCAGAAGUCAAUCAUGACAUCUCGGUUAGUCAUUUUAAAACCACUAGUUUUGUCAGUCACCAGAUUAAGAAAAAAUAAAGAUUAAAAACAGUAUCAUAAUUGAAAGUCUCCACCACUAUAUCCUUUUUGUAAAACAAAUGUGUUUUCUUGUCAAUGUUUGAUUAAAAAAGUCAUAAUGCAGAACAGUAUCCCAAAAAGAGGGAUUCAUGAAAAACACAAGAUUGAUAAUAGAAAAUGGUUUAGCACCAAGCCCUUGUCAUGUAAUCGUUCACCAAAGCUUAAUUUUGUAUAAUUCUUUCUAGAUCUGGGCUGCGUUGCACUGUCGUGGCUGGAGAAAAACACUAUAUUUACUCUUAAUUAUCGCUUAGUAAUGACUAAUUAUUUUCAACAAAUAAAAAAAUUAAAAUAGAUCAUGAUAAAAGAAUAGAUUUCAAAUUGGUGGAUUUUAUAUGAAUUUAAAAAAAUUAAGACUAUUAAUUGGUGUAUAUCACUCACCUUCACCCUGAGUGACUUCUUCUG